UUACUAAUAUAAUUGUCAUUUUCACAGACGUUUCAUGUUCGAGACGUUCUGUGAGCAUAAAGAAGAUCUUCAGGAUGGAGAGACUUUGACUUGGAUAGCAAAUGCCAAUAUGAUCCUGAAAGUGUACAGUGACCUAACACCAUGUGAAAGCAAUGUGUAUGGGAAGGUUUCCAUGUGUCAUCCACCCUUUAAUAACCAUCCUACCUCUUACUCUCAGUAUAAAUCUCAUGAGCAUGAGGAGUAUGGAAACAAGCUGCAGAACUCUAAUUCUCUCACAAGCUGUCAAGGACAUAUGAGAACUCACACUGUGAAUGGACCUCUGGAAUAUAAGACAUGUUUCAAUCUUUUUGAUCUCCAAAGUUUGUUGGUAGAUCAGGAAACACACAGUGCAAAAACAGUCCACCAAUUCGAAGAAUAUAGAAAGGCCUCUGCUUGUGAGAGUUCACUUUACACAUCUGGAGGAACUCAAACUGUCAGAAAGCAUUAUCAGUGUAAUAUAUGUGGGAAACAGCUGAGUUCUUCCAUUUCUCUUCGAGGACAUGAAAGAAUUCAUAGUGGUGAAAAACCCUAUGAAUGUAAAAAGUGUGGAAAAACCUUUACACUAUUCAGUUACCUUCGAACACAUGAAAAACUUCAUAAGGGAGAGAAAGCAUUUGAAUGUAAACAAUGGGGUAAAGCCUUUAGGCAUAACAGCCAUCUUCAUAGGCAUGAAAAAAUGCAUACUGGAGAGAAACCCUAUGCAUAUAGAGAAUGUGGUAAGGCCUUUCGAUAUAAUAGUGAUCUUCAAAGACCUCAAAAAAUGUAUAGUGGAGAAAAACCCUAUGCAUGUAGAGAAUGUGGUAAGGCCUUUCGAUAUAAUAGUGAUCUUCAAAGACCUCAAAAAAUGUAUAGUGGAGAAAAACCCUAUGAAUGUAAUCAAUGUGGUAAAGCCUUUAGAUGUAAGAGCCAUCUUCAAAGACAUGAAAAAAUUCAUACUGGAGAAAAACCCUAUGAAUGUAAUCAAUGUGGUAAAGCCUUUAGAUGUAAGAGCCAUCUUCAAAGACAUGAAAAAAUUCAUACUGGAGAAAAACCCUAUGAAUGUAAACAGUGUAGUAAAGCCUUUAGAUGUAAGAGCAAUCUUCAAACACAUGAAAAAAUUCAUACUGGAGAAAAACCCUAUGAAUGUAAACAAUGUAGUAAAGCCUUUGGAUGUAAGAGCAGUCUUCAAACACAUGAAAAAAUUCAUACUGGAGAAAAACCAUAUGAAUGUAAACAAUGUAGUAAAGCCUUUGGAAGUAAGAGCAAUCUUAGAACACAUGAAAAAAUUCAUACUGGAGAAAAACCCUAUGAAUGUAAACAAUGUGGUAAAGGCUUUAGAUGUAAGAGAAAUCUUCAAAGACAUGAAAAAAUUCAUACUGGAGAAAAACCAUAUGAAUGUAAGCAAUGUGGUAAAGCGUUUAGAUGGCACAGUUCCCUUCACUUCCAUGAAAGAAUUCAUACUGGCGAAAAGCCAUAUGAAUGUAAAAAAUGUGAUAAGACCUUUACAUUUCCUAAUUCUUUACUACAUGAAAAAAUUCAUACUGGAGAAAAACCGUAUGAGUGUAAACAGUGUGUCAAAGUCUUUAGAG